AUGAGCUCCCGCAGCCACAGCGUGGUGUGCGUGCCGCUGGUGCUCGUCGUCGCCGUCGGUUCGUCGGUGGAUGGCCGUGCAUCUCGUACCGUGCACGCUCGAGCUGACCAUUCGACUGCUCUUUCAACAGCUUUGAUCUGCUUUGCCCCCCAGGUCCAUGGUGAGUGGUCUCGGCAAUCUCACCUUGUCCCUGCAGCGAGCGCCAAGACCAUCACCCCACUCUCAGCGCACGGGGCUGCCCCGAUGACGUGCGGCGACCAGGCAGGCUGGCACACCCGGGCUCACCUCACCGAGUGAUCGGUCCCACGUCCAAUGGAACUCUGACCUUCCUUUCUUUCGUCGCCCUCUUUGCACAGCUUUCGGGUGCGUUGCUCUCGAUCUGCAUCCAGACCUGAAGACCAUCCCAGUCGUGCUGACCCCGUGAUCGAUCCCCGUCUUGACAGAGCCGGCAACAUCCCGUCCUUCUCCUAUCUCGAAGGCAAAGCGUUCCGGUCAGUCUCCCGCCCUUCUGGAAUACCAUCGCGACUCUGGCUCAAUCUACCUCACCCUUUCUUGCACGGCAGCCAUGGUGACAUCGAGGACAUCCUCGCGCGCAUCGUCAAGCAGUCCGGCGGCUUCCUCGGCAGGGGGUCAAAGUUCUCCGGACUCGACAUCAAGCGCAUCUACUUUGGCAACUGGCUGCGCGACUACUCCCAGGCCAUGGACGUCGCCGGCCUUUCCAAAUUGCCCAAGCAGACCAGUUGAGUUCGGCUGAUACAGUCCUCGCAGAGGGAACGAGAACCUCCACGUUGACACGGUACUACGCUCCCAUCGCUCAGUUUUGAACUUGGUCAUGGCUCUCGGAUUCUUGGCCCAUGGUUACGCAACCGGCGAGUUCGAGGUCACCGACGACAGGCUGGGCGUCUACUCUACCACUGAACAUAUCGACAACCCCAAGGGUAAGCCAAGGUUUAGAGAGCUCUCAUCGGAGGAAGUCGCUGACCUGAACCUUCACACACACACACCCCCCCCCCCCCCCCCUGCAGGCUAUGCCGCCGAUCAACCCGGAGGCGAUGCACGCAGAUUCGACCCCCGCCUCCGUCCUCCCGUCGACCCUCGUGAGCUCGAGAUCGACCCUCGUACGGGUAUGAAGAAUUACAUCGCCAACGAGUCCGGCGGAUGGGACACCUCCUCCCGUCUCGUGCGCGAGCGCCUCCACCAAUGCAUCGAGCUCGGCCGUCGAGCGCGACACGGAGGCGGAGGUGAUGCCGAGACGUACGAAGCCUUCCGUCUCCUCGGCUCCUUGCUGCACACCCUCGAAGACUUCACAGCCCACUCGAACUGGUGCGAACUUUCGUUGAGGCGCCUCGGCUACCGCGAUGUCUUUUGUCAUGUCGGCGACCGCGUCACCGUUCAAUCACCCGCCGGUGUGUGCCCUCCCCUCGUCACCGGUACUUUCGGCGGAUCCGAUUUCAUUCACUCGCUGCUUGGCGAGGCAACGGAUCACAUCUCGGAGGCUUCGGUUUCGGACCUCAACAAGGCCAUGGACAAGGCUCGUCAAACUCGCGAUGGCCCCACCGACACCCUACGGGAUCUCUUCGUUCAACUACCUGGAUCGACCGGCAACGACUUGUCGCGAGAGAUGAACAACGUCGAAGACAUUCGCUCGAGGGCCGCCAACGGCACUUUGGACGCUUCGGCGAUGAGUCCCCAAGAGCUGCACGCGACCUUGUGGCAGUUGUUGACGUUCCGGGACAACGUCGUCAAGGGCAUCGAGGUCGGCAUCUCCAAGAUCCCUGGCCUGUCGAGCUUGAUCGAGAAGAUGACCGAUUCGGUCAAUCGCCUCGUCUUCACCACGUUGGAACCCCUAUUGAAGCCCAUUAUGUCCCAGGCGACGGCCGUCUUGCAGCAAGGUUCGGCCGAGGUUAUCAAGAACUCGGAUCAGUACGCCGUCUUCUCGGACCCUCAAGCUUCGGACCCGACGCACUCGUUCUUGUCCAAGGAUCACUUCAUUCUCAUCCUCAACGAGCCCGCCGGUCUGUUGGCGACGAUCAUCGUCGAGCAUGCCGUCAAGCUCGUCGUCAACGCUUGGGAUCAUAGCGAGGUCGACCCCAACGCCGUCGCGAACGAGAUCCUCAAGACGUUUCACCACCCCUACUUUUACGACGACUCGUCUUCGAUCCAACGUGAGAUGGGCGCGUGCUUGAAGAAAUGGAUCGACAACACUCCCGAUAAGAACUAUAUCCUCCACGCUUUGACGAAGCAGUCCGUUCGGGACGGCAAGAACAAGAGGAAGGGGCACGAGAAGGAUCAGAUUGGGCAUGGGUGUGGGGGCGAGUACAACUCGAUCUUGUCGCCUGAGAAGGUACAGGCGUUCGCGACGGCCCAUGUACCUGGUGCUGCUCAGGCUUUCAGCAUGGGACACCAGGUCAGCAACUAUGGGCACCAAGUUGGUGGGGCGUACAACAGUGCGCAGCACUAUAUGGGUUACCGCGACAUCAACGACGGUGGAGCGGGUCCUGAUCCUAAUGCUGGCGGAUACCAACAACGUGAGUGGACUUGGUAGUAUUGAGUGCCCCGCAUACAAGCUCUUUCGGGCUGUUUACGAGCGAAGUCGAUCUCACAGCCCCUCCUCUAGACUACAACACCAACUCGUCUUACAACCAAGGUGGGGGAUACCAACAGCCUCCCCCUCCUCCUCCGAUCCCACAUGGCUACCAAGAUAACUCGUACCAGCAAGGCGGUUACCAGCAGGGUGGAUACCCUCAAGGGGGCUACCAGAACCAGGAGCAAUUCGGUGGACCCCCUCCUCCUGACCCCCACGGUGGUCCAGGCGGCUUCGACGGUGGCUUCCAACCCCCUCCUCCUCAUGGUGGGUUCCCAGUGGAUCAACACCACCAAGGACAACAUCAACAGCAUCAAGGACAUGGGCAAGGGUAUCAACAUCAGCAGCACCAAGGUCAUCCUGGAGGUUUUGAUGGUGGGUUCGCACCGCCUCCGAAUCAGGGGGGUUAUAAUGCUGGGUAUUGA